GUGAUCUAAGUCAGCAUGCUCAGACACACCACACCGCUGACAAGUGUUCACUUCUGCAAGCUGACAGACAUGAUGAAGCUCAUCAAUAUGAAAGGCGGCCUGGGCACCGUCCUCUGCGUGCUCCUGGGUCUUUUGGUUUCUGAAAUCUCCUGUCAGGAUGUAAGAAAUCCUCAAGAUGAAGUGGCUUUUCUAAAAGUGAGGAUGGCAUUGUUGGAGAAUCAAUACAAGCGCCUGUGUGACCAGUACUCCAGCCUGGCACUCAACUGCUCAGCUCCAGCAAUCAGAUGCGGUAGGUGUCCAGACGGUUGGCUUCAGGUUGAGGAUCAGUGCUUCCUCCUUGUCACUGACAGGCAGACUCAGUCCAUAAGUGCAGAUAAAUGUAAGGAUAUCGGCGCCCAUCUCGCCAUUCUGACCACCACAGAGCAGCAUGAAGCUGUGGAAAAAGAAGGCCGAAGGAUUGGUGGAUUUAACACGCAUUACUGGAUCGGACUGAGUGACGCUGAGAAAGAAGGAGAGUGGAGAUGGGUGGACAACUCAACGCUUACAACAUCAUUCUGGAACCUGCAUCAGUCGGAGCCAGACAACAACCUGUCGGGUGGACCUGAGGGGGAAGACUGCGUGGUCGUGGACAGCUACACUCAGAAAUGGUCCGAUAUUCCCUGUGGCUUCGUGAACUCACGCAUCUGCCAGAAGGCCACCAGCCCACUGCCAUGAAGACCACAGAACUGCAGGAAAACCACUCAGCUAUGAAAGAUAGUGAUCCUUUUAUUGAAAAGCUUUGUGAUAUAUACUUUACAGUCUCACAUUCAAAUCAACAUCCUUAUGUCAGCCAUAAAGAUCCUGUUUUUAUUUUAAAUAAUAAAGCUUUGUCAUGUGUACAGAAUUAAA